UGCCCAGGGAGGCCGGGACCUGCUUGGAGCUCUGCACCUUCGACGAGGAGUGUCCCUGGGGCCACAAGUGCUGCAGCAAUGGCUGCGGGCGCGUGUGCAUGGUGGCCGCCCUCCCAGAGAGUGACGGGGUGGCCGUGCCAUGGGACAGCACUGGGCGCUGCAGGGACGAGUGCGACACCGACGCGCAGUGUCCGUGGGGACAGCGCUGCACCAGCAGAGGCUGCGGCCGCGUCUGCAUCGAUGUGCCCAGAGAUGCAGCAUGA